AUGGACAUCCACGACGAGCUCCCUGCGAGCCUGGAGGACUUACCAGCAUCAUUAACCAGGACCUGCAGCAUCCCAGAUCUCACCAAGCUCUUCAAGAAGCCCAGAUCUACACAGUCGCAGUCGCGUGCGGACUCACGGCAAUCCGCAAACUCCUUCUCCGAUAACAGCCAAAUUCUGUACAUGGCGGAAUCCAAGAAACCGAAGUCGAGAAAAGGUCGCCAGUCCCUGUCGUCCAUUGGCAACGGCGUUAAUCGAAGAUUUGAUGGCUCGCUAGACGAGAGAGAAUGUACGCAUGACGCCGGUAGUUUGUCGUGGGAUGUCAUCGAUCAGGAGAUUUUCGAGUGGCAGUACGUCUGCCAAACUGGGCGGCCAUACUGGUGGUCUCCGGACUCGAAAUACACAAGAUUGAAGAAGUACCAGCCUAGAUUGAUGAAUGAACCUAGUCCCAGAUUCUGGAUGAGAGAGCUUGAUGGCCGUCCAAAGCCUGCAUACGCGGAGAAACGUCGAGCUGUGUCCGACAACUACUUCUGCGACCCGAAAGCCAUCAACGACCUCGCUCAUCUUGUUGCUAUACAACUUCUCGGCGCUUGCUUUACCCUUCCGCCAGAUCAUAUUCUGGGUGUUCCAUCCCCGAACUAUACCAUAGACAAUACACGAGUUGGACUCCCAGAUCCUCGAAUGAUCAGCUCAUUGCGCAUGCAUACGCAAUUCAGAUAUUCUCCGAGCUUCGGACAUCAAGCGCGGAACACAUCUCCAGUCCAGGCAUGGCCUCGAAGUCUGGGACGACCAUCGUUCGGCUUCCCGUCGCCGAUUGCAGAUAUUGGAACCGCGGCAAACAGGCGAGGAGAGCGACGGCGUACACUUAAUGUAACCGACGGAUCAGGAUCUGUUGGCUCAUUUGACAGUGACGUGGACCAGUUUGCUCAGUCAUGCAGUAGUAAUGAUGGAUUGGACCAUACGGAAUCGACAAAAGUGCAUCGGUCAAAGGGGGCAUCAUACCCUGCGCAGACACAUAUGGGACCGUCAAACACAACAGAUCCAGUACCGGGACAUGCUAGAAGGCGAGUAAGCAGACGGCGCAAAGACGAGGAAAUCAAAGGAUCGCCCGAAGCAGUGCCAAAGACCAACUACCGUUUAGAACCUGUCAUCCGAUCCGAACCUCAUCACGUCUUCAUACAACCUGUCCGCGAACUGGUUGUCAAGAGAUGGGCUAAUUUCAAGCGUCGAUUGAGUGGCAGCUUGCAUUCAGCUUUGCCAGCAAGAAACUCCGACGAUCGAGAAUCGAGCUCCGAUGUAGGCAGUCCAGCAAUGAGUAAUGAUGGAAAGAUUCGACGGCUCAGAGCGCAGGAAAGAGGCGAAAUUCACAGCUCAGAUGUUGAAACAACACAGCAUUUCAAUACGCCAACGAGUGGGAUUCUUGCAACACAUGAGGGUGUGAGGACUCCAGAUCGAAUUCACGAAGCAACGAUCAGACUUUCAAACCCCAGCAUUGCCGAAGCUGCCCUCACCGCUGCCGAAGGAAGAAUUUCGCAAUCGCCAACAAGCUUUCGAAGCAGGAAACAUGUCUCGCCCUCAGAAUCAUCUCUUCAUCCCCUUGGCUACCAUGAUUAUACGGCAGGACAGACACUCCCAACUCAAUCGCGGCCAGUUUUUCCACUCUACUCUCCAGCCAGGUUCAACCCACCCUUUACAUCGAAAUCAUUCUCCUCAAGAAGAAGACCGAAUCGAGAGCAGAGGAAGAGCAAUCUCUCGGAGAUGUUUACAGCUGAUGAUGUUCCGGGUUCUGGAGCAGUGGACCUGGCUGGAAGAGGGAUUUCCCGUGCGCCAACUACUGCCAACUUGAUGCCGUCUGAGGAGACGAAGCAGGUGAUUGAUAUAACAACUGCGUCUGUUGUUCUGUUCCGGAAAGACCCAGUUGUGUCGUUCAGACCAAGAAUGGGAAGAACAAGCACCAGUGGCACUCAGAUCUUUACUCCGGGGGAUAAUAGCAUCGAACUCGAUGGUUUACCUGUUGGGCCACCCGAAGAGACGUGGAUGAGACAUGGAAGGCGAGAAAGGACGUACCUGUAG